UGUCCCCAAUGUCCCCAGGACACGGACGCCCCGCCCCCCCCCGGCCUGACCCCCACCCUGGCCAUGGCGGUGGGGACGGCAGCGUUGGGGUCACUGCAGGUCGGAUACCACGUGGGGGUCAUCAAUGCACCCCAAAAGAUCCUGGAAGAUGAGUACAACGCCACGUGGACGCAGCGCUGGGGGGAGCCGCCCCCCCCCUCGGCCGUCUCCAUGCUCUGGGCUCUGUCGGUCGCCAUCUUCUCCGUCGGGGGGAUGCUGGCAUCGCUGGGGGUGGGCAUAGUGGCUGAGCGCCUCGGCAGGAAGCACGCCAUGAUCGCCACCAACGCCCUGGCCUUUGUGGGCGGGGCCAUGAUGGGCGUGGCCAAGUGGGGCCCCUCCUACAUCCUCAUCAUCAUUGGUCGGUUCCUGCUCGGCGCCUACUCAGGGCUGGUCUCAGGGCUGGUCCCCAUGUAUGUGGGGGAGAUCGCCCCCACCCACCUACGGGGGGCUCUGGGGACCCUGCACCAAUUGGCCGUCGUCACCGGCAUCCUGGGGGCGCAGGUGCUGGGGCUGGGGGCGCUGCUGGGCUCGGCUCGGCGCUGGCCGCUGCUGCUGGCGCUGCCCCUCGGCCCGGCCGCCCUUCAGGCGCUGCUGCUGCCGCGCUGCCCCGACAGCCCGCGCUUCCUCAUGGCCGCUCAGCGCCGCGGGGCCGCCGCGCACGCCCUUACUCUCCUACUGGGUCCGGAGGCCGCGGAGGCGGAGCUUGAGGCGCUGGGGGCGGAGCUUCGAGGCCCCACCCCCCGAUUUGGGGUGCUGCGCCUCCUGGGGACCCCCCGCCUGAGGCAGCCAUUGGUGGUGGCCAUCGGGCUGCAGCUGAGCCAGCAGCUUUCCGGCAUCAACGCGAUCUUCUAUUACUCCACGGCCAUCUUUGAAAGCGCCGGCGUGGGGCAGCCAGCCGUGGCCACCAUUGGGGUCGGGGUGGUGAACGUGGCCGCCACGCUGCUCUCGGUGACAGCCCCCAACAUGGCCCUCCCCCAUUCUGACCACGCCCCCUCCAUUCAGACCACGCCCCACCCUCCCCUGACCACGCCUCCCGAUUUCUGACCACUCCCCCUCAAUCGAGACCACGCCCCCUCCAGACCACGCCCCCAGUUUCUGACAUUGCCCCCCCAUUCUGACCACGCCCUCUC